GUACUUCGUCCGGCAGCACUGGGCUCUUGUUCCCGCGUUCCGGGCUCGGCGCUCCGGGCUUCCCAAGGCUGGGCCCGGGACGCGGCUGCCGCCAUGGCGCAGCUGGAGGGUUAUUACUUCUCGGCCGCCCUGAGCUGCACCUUUCUGGUGUCCUGCCUGCUCUUCUCGGCCUUCAGCCGCGCUCUGCGUGAGCCUUACAUGGAUGAGAUCUUCCACCUGCCGCAGGCGCAGCGUUACUGUGAGGGCCGCUUCUCCCUGUCACAGUGGGAUCCUAUGAUUACUACGUUACCUGGCCUGUACCUGGUGUCAGUUGGAGUGGUCAAACCUGCCAACUGGAUCCUUGGAUGGUCCGAGCAUGUCGUGUGCUCCAUCGGAAUGCUCAGAUUUGUCAAUCUUCUCUUCAGUGUUGGCAACUUCUAUGUACUGUAUCUGCUUUUCAGGAAGGUACAACCCAGAAACAAGGCUUCUUCAAGUAUCCAGAGAAUCUUGUCAACAUUAACCCUAGCAGUAUUUCCAACCCUCUAUUUUUUUAACUUUCUUUACUAUACAGAAGCUGGGUCUGUAUUCUUCACUCUUUUUGCUUAUUUGAUGUGUCUUUAUGGCAACCAUAGGACUUCGGCCUUGCUUGGAUUUUGUGGCUUCAUGUUUCGUCAGACCAACAUCAUCUGGGCUGCCUUCUGUGCAGGACACAUCAUUGCACAGAAGUGCAGUGAAGCCUGGAAAACUGAACUACAGAAGAAGAAGGAAGAGAGGCUUCCCCCUGUUAAGGGACCACUCUCGGAACUCAGAAGAGUUCUGCAGUUUCUGCUGGUAUAUUCCAUGUCCUUUAAGAACCUGAGUAUGCUUUUCCUUUUGACCUGGCCCUAUAUGCUUCUGCUCUUGGCAUUUCUCACGUUUGUGGUAGUUAAUGGUGGGAUUGUUGUUGGCGACCGGAGUAGUCACGAGGCCUGUCUCCAUUUCCCUCAGUUGUUCUAUUUUUUCUCCUUUACUGCUUUCUUCUCUUUCCCUCACCUACUCUCUCCGACCAAAGUCAAGACUUUUCUUAGCUUAGUUUGGAAACGUAGAGUUCAGUUCUCUGUGAUUGCGUUAGUCUUGGUAUUUCUGGUUUGGAAAUUCACUUAUGUCCAUAAGUAUUUACUGGCAGACAAUAGGCAUUACACAUUUUAUGUGUGGAAAAGAGUAUUUCAGAGACAUGAAGUUGUCAAAUAUUUAUUAGUCCCAGCCUACAUUUUUGCUGGUUGGGCUGUAGCUGACUCUUUAAAAUCAAAGUCAAUUUUCUGGAAUUUAAUGUUUUUUGUAUGCUUGGUUGCUUCUACAGUUCCUCAGAAACUACUAGAAUUCCGUUACUUCAUCUUGCCAUACAUUAUUUAUAGGCUUAACAUACCUCUGCCACCCAUAUCUAGACUUAUUUGUGAACUGGGUUGGUAUACAAUUGUUAAUCUUCUAACUUUUUAUAUCUUUCUGAACAAGACUUUUCAGUGGCCAGAUAGUCAGGACAUCCAAAGGUUUAUGUGGUAGUGGCAGGAGUAUUUUGAACUUUAAAAGACUAUUUCUACAACAAAUAACUGGGUAAAUAGAAGUGGAAUUUCUUUUAAGUAAAUUCAAGGAAACGAAAAGAAUUAAGUUUGAGACUAGCCUAAAAACUGGAUAAUAUGAAUAAAGUUGCUUGCAGUUGUCUUGACAAUCUUUUCAGAGGUUUGGGGGAACUUUUCUGUGUGUGUGCAUAUGUUUAGGGGACUGGGUAAGCUCUGUAGCACUAAAAUCUAUCCAACCUUCUUUUGUAAAGAACAGCAAAGAAUUUGAACUGUUUACAAAUAAAUGACCCAGCAGUAUUCCUGAGUAAAAUUGCCAGAUAUUGUAAUAAAUAUAGCUCCGAUCUUAGAAUAGAUGUACAGACAUAACAGAUCAUGAACUAGAGGCUUUGGGAUGUCUGAGGAACAGGUAUUUUCAUUUAGGGUACAGGAAUGAUGAAGCUGUUUGAACUAAUUCCUUGUUUGAAGUUUAUGCAGGCCAAAGAUAAAGUGCAUUGAUUAUAAGACUUUUCAUAGAUAAUCUUUCUGAAAUACUGCUCUGUUAUCCAGGGCUCCUGCACAAAACCAACCACAAACCUUGUGGCUUCUAAGUUUUUCCUCACAUUUGUAUUGGCAGUACCUAAGCUCAAGUGUUGGCAGAGCUCUUUCCUUCAGGAGAUGAAAACCCAUUGUCCCUGUUCAGAUCACUGAGCAGCUACUUAGAAGGGCCUUACUCUUGGACAGGUCCCUCCAGUCAUCUGUGUCUUCAUAGGACUGUCUACACUGGCUUUUUGUGCAGUUAAUGCCAUUGGGUUUAGGGAGCCUCUGAUUCAGGAUGACAUUACCUGGAGACCCUUGAUCAUAUCUGGAAAAUGUUUAAGGUCCAUUCAUAGGACCCACAUCAUUUUGAUGUGUGUGUGAUAAGAUAUACUUGAUGAGAGAGGCAAAAAAAAAAGGCAAAUGGCUGAGGUCAUAUAGUUUACAUGUGUCCCUAUUAUGCAAACAAACCAGAAGAACUCAGAUGUGAGAGAAGUCAUUGGUUUAGUUUCAUUUUAUAAUUUAGUGAGCACCACUAGGUGUGUGUCUGGGGUUUGCUUCAUUUAGGUUCUGUGCUACUGUUCAAAGUUUAUUUAUUCUAUUGUUACUGUGUCUGUAACAUAUAGACGCUGUUGCUUAGUCCUGUGCUGUGACUAGAGCUUACGUAGCCCACUCUUCUUUCUGAGCUUUACACACACAGAUAAACACAAACACACUCCCCAAAGGAACAAAAACUUUUCCUUUUAUUCCUUAAAAACUACUUGGAUAAAAAUUACAAACACAGUCCUGGGUGGUCAGCCAGCACAGACCAUCGCUCUGUUUGAUACUUAGGAGGUUUGACUCAGGUGUAGCAAUGAUUGAAAUGUUAUCAGAUCCAAAAGCUUCAUGACGGUUUAUAUCAUAAUAGAGCACUAAGUUCAGGAAGCUGGAAUUGCAAACACUUGGAGUUGAAUAAACUGCUGUCUGAUGCUCUUAGUCCCAGGCUUUUGUGUCUGGGAAUGCAGAAGGGAUGGGGUGCUUCCAUCUAGGCAGCCUGCUGUAAGGCGGGGAGCACUUUGUCCCACGUAAGGGAAAGGGGCUGCUUUCAGAAGUGCUGAGUCACUUCUGAAUUAGGACACACUGUAGGGGUCUACAGAGAGAGAAGGAGAUAGUGGUAUUCUACACCGCUUUCCAUAAGUAGGACUUGGCAUUUCAGAGUGGAAUGCCAUGAAUCAAAAGGUGCUAUUUAUUUGUUACUGUGAUCUUAAAAAUGGAUGCAUGUUGAUACUCUUAAGAUGGAGGCUUGGUUAACCUUGCUCGGGCAGUUGACAAGUUGAUGGUCAUUUGGUGAUAAAUGUCUCCAUCUUUGUAACUAAAUAUGUGAGAGAAAAAGGCUUCACACAGCUGGCCGGUUCACGUUUGGUUGCUCAAAGUAACAGACCCAUCUCUGAAAUCAUUUCACUUGGGAAAAAAAAGUCAUUGCUUUUACAAAUAUUAAUUAUAUUUCUGCUUUAAAUUUUUAAAAAGAAUUAUCAAGUGUUUUUCAUUAGACUUAGUUGAAUGCAUUGGUUAGUUAGUGAUCAUAAGGGGCUGAGUAGUUAAAAGCUUGAACCACCCUUGCAGGGACCCCAGGGAAGUUCCUAGACCUAGGGCAGCAUGUAACCACUUACAACUCCAUCUCUAGGGCACUGACUGCAGCCUCUGGCUCUGUAGUGUUUUACUCACCUGCAUAUAACCCUACCGCCCACACACAUACUUAAGUUAAAAAUUCUAAAAGGACAUUGUAGACAGUAUCACCUGCUGAAGGGGAUCGGAGCUUUGCAUUCUGGAUCAGGUCACUCUUCCAGUAGGAUAUUUUAAAGCCUUUGUGAAAAGGCCUAGUCUUUUGUCUGAACUGCUUUAGGCUCAGUAAUCAGUUUAACCAGCUCCACUUCAUGUGAAAACCCACAGGCUUAGCCUUGCAGAUCUAUUAGUAAGAGUGUGUGUGCAGUGUAUUCGCUUACGUUUAUGUUUUCCGUGGAUACUCCCUUUUAUGGCUUCAUCUCACCAAAUGAUGUGGAAGUAGUAUUCUGUACUUGACACCUAGUACAUAAUCUUGUUAGAGGAAUUUCUGUUUUCACAGACAUCUGUGUUUGUCUUGUUAUAAACGAUGCAGUUUCCUUAUAGGGAAUAGUUUAGGAUAGGAUGUAUUUCUAGUGUGAUCGUAACUGACUUGACGUACUCAUCACCGUUUGUCUAGACAGGAGAGAAGGGACUCACGGCUUUCAUUUAUAAUUCCUAGAGAGUGAGCAUAUAUAGUUCAGUUCAAACUGUAUUCAGAUAAAAUUAUGUUUAUUACCUUAGAGCAAUUAGAAAGUCUUUAAAUGGUUAAGACAAGUAUAAUAUACAUAUUUUUUCAUAUAGGAAAUCAAUAUUGAAGAAAAAAAUGUCCUUGAUUUUGGUUCCAGAGUUAAAGAGACAGAUUGUUGAAGGACAGUUGUUUGUCCCUAAUCUCAAAUGAGAAUGUUACGUCUGAACUCUAGUUAGUACCUGGUCUGCGUCCUGCUGUGUUUCAGCGGGGAUUCGUGCUGUAUUGCAUAUCCAUAAAGCUCAUAGAUGUGCUGUAUGAUGUAAGCUGAAUAAAUUUGUACCGAGUGGAGUUUUCAGUAUAGAAGGAAGCAGAUAUUCUACAAAUGUACUGUAUAACUAACUGAAUCCUAGGCAGGAAGCUGUGUUGGAUAACAACUAUCCUGACCCCUCUUCUGGAAUGUCAUUUUCUGUAGGGAUGAGUGCAGACCUGCAGAUUUACCAUGCCCUGUCUGCAGUAGGGUGUGAUAAGUCUGCUCAGUGUUAUAGUCAGUUUUGAUGACUUGUCUUACUUUAAUCCCGAAAUUUCAUCCACUUAGAAACAUCUUCUGUUUGGUUUUAGCUCUCUAGAGGAUUUACUUACUUUUCUUUGGGUGUGUUUUAUGUAUUUGAAGUCAAUGGCAAUAAUGUUGUUUAGAAAUAUAUAAUAAAUUAGAUGCUGGUGACAAAAUUUUAAAAUAUCCAUGAUUCCAGCACUAAUUCCAUAAUGUUUGGAAGUUAUUUCUAAAAUAAGUAAAUUUUGUGAUAGUAGGUAAUCCAGUAAUCUGCUUAUAUUACUUAAGAUGAGGUAUUGAUUAGUGGCAAUUUCUUCAUAUCUUAGACACUGUCAAAGCAGAAAUAGGUAGGGUGUAUUUUUCUUUCAAAAAAAGUAAAUAUUAUAUGGAGUUUGCAUUCAGAAAUUUGAUCAGUUCAGUUUAUUUGAGCCCUGUAUUUACCACUGUCCUGCUCAAGAUGAGUAAGAAUGAAAAGAAUUACAGUAGUCGUCUUUACCAAUAGUGUUUUGCUGGUUGAUACACACACGCACAUCAUAGAGCUGUGAGCCUUUGCUAUUCUGCUUCAUGAGCACAGCUCACUUAGAAACUCUGGAGGGAGGCCUCUCCUCUGUACCAAGCAGACCUCAGCAUGUUACUGUGUGGUUACCUGUUUCUGUAAUCGUUAGGAGCUUUUAAGAGGAACAAGAAUAAAAUGGUAAACACUUAGGUUUGAUUACAAGACGAAUUGUUAAACAAAUUGUUGAUGUUUAAUUAGAAAGCAUAGCUCCCAUAACAAAUUCUUACAGUUAUUUGAAAGCAUUAUAUGUUUUACACUGCUUUAAAUGUAGAUCAGAGGUCAGCAAAUAGGUUGUAACUCACAAAUAACCACACCUUUUUCUUUUUAAUUACAUAGUCUCUUCAGGGGAAUAGAGCUCCCCCAAAUAAGUUUUGUAUUUACUGAAAACAUUUCAUUGGGAAAGCUUCAGGACUUCAGAGAGUAGAUAUGGUAUAGUAUCUUUUCAAGGGGUCUCAAAACCUGCCAUUUUAAACGUGGGUUUAUUGCAGCUAAUAGUCUUUAUAUUCUUUGGUAAGUCAAGUUCAAGAAUCUCUGGAAGUAUUCUGCCUUUCAUAUAUUUUGUUUCUGAAAUAAAGUGGAUGUUUAGCUCUUGUUAUCUUGUUUUUGAAAUUGAGUUAUACAACCAAGCCAAAGGUGGUAUAAAAUUUAAGUGUAUCAGUAAUGUAAUAUUUAUCUUACAUACAUUUGUAUUUCUUUGUCAGUAGAAAAAUGUAUUGGGUAAAAAUGUAUUUGUAGUGAUGAAUAGGAAAGCACUGUGUAGUAAAUUUGUGAUGAAAACGUUUAUUAGGUGAUGACAGUGUGCUACACUUUAACGUAUUCUUGUAAUGUAACUUUUUCUACUAGUCUAGAUUAAACUUUUUAUAGUUUUGUAUUGUUUUGAACUAUGAAGAUUUAUAAUUCUCCACCUUUGUUAAUUAUUGUUUGUUGUUCAGGAAGGGUCUCCUAAUCCAGGCUAACCUGGAAUUUACAAUGUAGCCAAGAAUGACCUUGAACUCCUGAUUCUUUGCCUCUACCUCUGGACUGCUAGGAUUACAGGCAUGCUGCACCAUGCCUAGUUUAUGCAGUGCUGGGGAUCAGACAUAGGACUUAAAGCCUGCUAGCCAAGUACUCCACCAGGCGGGCUGUAUCCUCAGCCCUGCUUGUUAUACUGUGACUGAAAAUGUUCCCUGAUUUACAUAAGUGAAGGUAAAUGUAAAACCAAAAGUUGUUUGUUCCAUGAUGAUGUCUCAGAUGACGUGAUCUAACAUACCCUGCCAUGGAACUGUUUACCUCAUGGAUUUGGGGAUUGUUUCUGAUAGUGGUAAUAGGUUUGGAAACAGUCUGUACUAUCUAGUUCUGUCUCACUGUUUCUCAGUUCUCUUGUGUUAACUGUACCACACACAUGGAGAAACUGAGGGGGGGUGUGUGUAUUUGUCUAAUAUUAGAAACUAAGAAGAAAGUGAUUGUCUAAUGUUACAAAGUAGCUAUAUGAGCUGGGUUUAUGAGUGGGCAGCCUGACAAGAAUCUGGGCUCUUAGCUGCCGCUGAUUGAAGGGAGUGGGAAAGGACAGUAAAUCUACCUUCAUUUUUGUAACAUUUUAGAAAAAAAGAAUUCCAUGGAAAAUAGACCUCCACUCCUCUUCUAGAUCAGACUGUUGAGGCACAUACAAACUAUCUCUUCCAGAGCAGAUGAUCUCUCCCACUGUGUCAACACUGCCUCACGUUGUGUGAACACAAAAUCUACAACAUGGCUGAAGUUGUCAGCCCCAUUUUCGAGGAAGCGAAGAUCUUUGAUAUCCGAUAGAGAUGUGGUUGCUUAAAACUUCAUUUCUCAAAAAAACUUUGGAAAUAAAUGGUUGUUCUAAGCUGAUCUGUGAUUUUUAAGUAAUUCUGAAAGAAUUUGAUCUUUAUUUUAAAUAUGUGAAUAUAUGUUUUGAACGUUUUUUAAGGUUUUACAUUUUGUUACAUUAAAAACUGCAGAUGUUUGACUCUAAAAUUGUGAUUCAUGUCAUUUAAACUCUUGAAUAAACCUAUUUAUAAGAAUAAAAGCUUU